AUAAAAGGGGAAAAAUCUGCUGGAAAUUGGCAUCGGAUCCGAGACUGAGACAUACAAGAGAAGAGAACACCGACUUGACCAACACACGAUCGAUUCGGAGCAUCCGCUGAUUGAGGUUGUGUUCCCUACGCACCUCCUCGCCGAUUCUGAUGCUUUCUUUGCUCUGAAAUCUAAAGAGCUCUCUAAGUUGUAGUCAUUGUUAGAGUGUGGAACUUAUUUGUUUUUACACACUAAAGGGCCUCAUGUCAAACGUAGAGGAUAACAAAGAACAACAACAAAUGGAUGUCAAUGCAUCUAAUGAGUCGAGUAACAUGCCGUCAUCCCAGAAGCAGGAGGAAGCUAUAAAGAAAAAAUAUGGAGGAAUGAUGCCCAAAAAGCCACCUCUCAUAUCUAAGGACCAUGAGCGCGCUUACUUUGAUUCCGCCGAUUGGGCACUUGGAAAGCAAGGUGGCGAGAAGCCUAAGGGACCACUUGAAGCACUUAGACCUAAACUACAGCCAACACAACAACAAACACGCUACCGGAAAUCUCCCUAUGCUCCUGAAGGAGAAGAAGGGGGAAGCGUUCCACCAGAGGAUUCUCCAUCUGUAGAAGGGGGAAGCGUAGGGGGAAGCGUUCCACCAGAGGAUUCUCCAUCUGUAGAAGGGGGAAGCGUUCCACCAGAGGAUUCUCCAUCCAACGAGUAAAAGCAGCAAAUCAGUCUUUUCAUGAUGUGCUGACAAUCAUUGUUCUGAUACCUGUGUAGGUAUGACCUUUCGUUGUUUUUCAACAAUAAAGGAAAGUUGAAUUUGUGUAUUCAUAUAUUAGCAAAAGACCAAUGAUUUGAACUUGCAGCUAUAUGCUGUAAAAGACUUACUGGGAUUAUGAUU